UCAUAAUAUAGUUUUCAUCUCUCCUCUUAUCUUCCAAGCAACAAUUUAUCUUCUUUGGAAAGAGAGAAACUCACGAAUCCACCACAAUACUUUCCGUCCUCCCGAAGCAGUCAUUAAGGAGAUUCAGGAUACAAUCAAGAUGCGUCUGGAUCCGCUUUCACGCAAGGAGCAAAUAAAAAAUAACCAACAGGCUUCUACCUCCUUACUAGGUUAGGUUACUCCCGAUUGAUUCGGACAGUGAAAUAUUUGUAUUUUGUCUCGAUUUGGCCUUCGUUGACUUGGAGUGAUUUAAUAUCGUGUGGGAGAAAUGGCUGUUGUUGCGAAUUUUAAUACUAAACGUUAUUCUUGGUGGUGGGAUAGUCACAAUAUCCCCAAGAACUCUAAAUGGCUUCAGGAUAAUCUUACAGAUAUGGAUAGUAAAGUCAAGCAAAUGCUCAAGGUUAUUGAAGAAGAUGCAGAUUCUUUUGCUAGGCGAGCAGAGAUGUACUACAAAAAGCGGCCUGAGCUUACGAAAUUGGUGGAAGAGUUUUAUCGAGCGUAUCGUGCUUUAGCUGAAAGAUAUGAUCAUGCCACCGUUGUUCUUCGUCAUGCUCAGCAGACUAUGGCAGAAGCGUUCCCAAACCAAGAUCACACCAUGAUGUUUUGUGAGGAAUCACUCGUUGGUUCUUCCGCCGAUGAGUUUGAUCCACAAACGCCUGAAAGUUAUCCUCCUAUCCGAGCUCCGGUUUACCCCACUGACUUACAAAAAGAUGCUUUGGGGAUCUCUUCCUCUCAUUUGAGUACAGUUAAGCGAAAUAUAGCCUUCAUGGAAGAUACUCAGUCUUUGAAUAACGGGCAAGGUUUGAAAAUUAGAAAGACAAGAAAAGGACUGGAUUUCAGUGAUGUUGAUGGAAACGGAAGAAAUGCGAAGGUUCUUUCAGAGUCUGAACGCGCUAGCAAAGCUGAAGCUGAGAUAGUGGCGCUAAAAGAGGCUCUUUCAAAAGUGCAGGCUGAAAAGGAAGCUAACUUAGCUCAGUUUGAUCAGAAUCUGGAGAGACUGGCUAAUCUAGAGUCUGAUGUAUCUCGUGCACAAGAGGACUCAAGGGGUUUUAAUGAACGAGCUACAAGAGCUGAGGCUGAGGUGGAAACACUCAGAGAAACUCUCAGAAAAGUAGAGGUUGAAAAGGGAUCCAGCUUUCUUCAGUAUCAGCAAUGUCUACAAAACAUAGCUGAUUUGGAGGAUCGCAUUUCUAUAGCCCAGAAGGAGGCUGGAGAAGUAGAAGAGCGAGCCAGCCAAGCUGAAGCCGAAAUUGUAUCCUUGAAGCAAAGGCUUGUCGGAUCAGAAACUGACAAGGAAGCUGCUCUUGUCCAAUAUAGGCAAUGCUUGGAAACCAUAUCUAACUCGGAAGAGAGAUUGCGCAAGGCUGAGGAAGAUGCCAGGUUCAUCAAUCAACGGGCAGAAAAUGCUGAUGGUGAAGUUGAAAGCUUGAAGCAAAAGGUCUCCAAAUUGACUGAAGAAAAUGAAGCUUAUGAACUCCAAUACCAACAGUGCCUGGAGACAAUUGCAGAUCUAAAGCUCAAGCUGUUUCAUGCUCAAGAAGAAACCCAAAGGCUUAGCCGUGAAAUAGAGGAUGGAGUUGCCAAGUUAAAGGUUGCGGAAGAAAAAUGUGUAGUGCUUGAGAGAUCAAACGAAAAUCUGCACUCUGAGCUGGAUGGUCUAUUGGAGAAACUAGGGAAUCAAAGCCAUGAACUCACGGAGAAACAUGAAGAGAUGGGAAAAUUGUGGACUACUGUACAAGAAGAACACUUGCGUUUCAUGGAGGCUGAGACCGCCUUUCAAACCCUGGAACAAUUGCACUCUCAGUCUCAGGAGGAGCUAAGCACUUUGGCAUUGGAACUGCAAAACAGGUCUCAGAUCCUUAAAGAAAUGGAGACCCGUAACAUUAGUUUACAGGAGGAAGUCCAGGAAGCAAAAAACGAGAACAAAUCCCUUAGUGAGCUCAAUCUCUCUUCGGCUGCAUCCAUUAAAAUUUUGCAGGAGGAGGUCUCGAGAUUAUGGGAGAAUAUACAGGCACUUGAAGCAGAAGUUGAACUGAGAGUGGACCAGAGAAAUGCUUUACAGCACGAAAUAUACUGUCUUAAAGAGGAAUUAAGCCAUAUAGGAAAGAAACACCAGUCCAUGGUAGACCAGGUGGAGUUGGUUGGUUUACAUCCAGAAGGCUUUGGAUCUUCUGUCAAGGAGCUGCUGGAGGAGAACUCAAAGCUAAAGGAAAUUAAGGAACGAGAAAGUAUCGAAAAGGCUGCCCUGCUUGAGAAGUUAGAACUGAUGGAAAAGCUUGUUAAGAAAAAUCUUGUUCUGGAGAACUCCAUAUCAGAUUUGAAUGAUGAGCUGGAUACAAUCAGAGGAAAGCUGAAGAAAGUGGAGGAAUCUUGUAUGUCACUUGAAGAAGAGAAAUCAGGCCUUCAUUCUGAGAAGGACAUGUUGAUUUCCCGCUUGCAGAGUGCUACAGAAAACAGCAAGAAGCUCUCUGAGGAAAACAGGUUACUGGAGAAUUCUCUUUUUGAUGCCAAUGCAGAACUUGAAGAACUCAAGUCAAAUUUGAAAAGGCUAGAAGACUCUUGCCACUUGCUGAAAGAUGACAAGUCCAGUUUAGUAAAUGAAAGAGAAAGCUUACUCUCUCAAAUGGAUAUAAUGAGAAAAAGCAUUGAAGAUCUGGAGCAAGAACAAGCAGAGUUAAAAGCGAGAGUUUUAGAAUUAGCGACUGAAAGGGAAUCUUCUCUUCGGAAAAUUGAAGAGUUGGGAGUGUCUUUAGAUGCCAAGGACCGUGAGUAUGCUAGCUUUGUGCAAUUGUCCGAGAGUCAGAUGAAUGGCAUGAAAUCAAAGAUUCACCAUCUUCAAGAUGAAAACCAACGCGAGGAGAGAGAGUAUCAAGUGGAACUCUAUCGAGCUCAUGAUGCUCACGUCGAGAUUAUUGUUCUGCAAAACUGUUUGCAGGAGUGGCUUGAGAAGAAUUCCUCUCUCGUUGCUGAGAAUCAGAAGAUCAAAGAGGCUUCUCAACUGUUAGAAAAGCUAGUUUCUGAAAUGGAACAGGGAAAUAUUGGGAAACAAGUGCAGAUUGAGUCCUCGAUUAACUGCAUUAAAACACUGAGAACGGGGAUAUUCCAGGUAUUGACGAAUCUUGAAGUUAUCCCAUGUACAUAUUCCAGUGAUGAGAACUCACAAGACCAGAAAAAUAUGCAUGCCAUAUUAAGUAGACUUGAUGAGAUGCAAACUAUGCUUAUGAAGAUUCAGAAUGAAAACCAGCAGUCCGCUAUUGAGAACCUGGUCCUUGUUGAAUUUCUUCGGCAACUGAAAUCAGAAGCUGUUGGCAUUGCAGCAGGGAAGAAACUCCUUGAGAAAGAACUUGAGUCUCAGCGAUGCCUGCUCUCCCUUUCGCAGGGUGAGAUCCAGAAACUUAGCUACGUGAAUGGAGAAUUGUCCACAAAAGUUAACCAUGGAGUCAACAGAGAAGAAGUCAUGAAGUUGGAAAUUGAGGAUUUGCACAGGCAAGUAUUGCAACUUCGAAGUGACUACACCAUUCUGCAGGGAGAGAAUUACAGAAUUUUGGACGAGAAAGUGUACUUGACAAAGUCUACACUGCAGUUGGAGGAGAAGAAACGUGAACUAGAAGAGGAUAUCUCUUUGCUUCUCUCUGAGACUAUAUACCAAAACAGUCUCAUUCUUCUUUUGGAAGAUGCCGUUUUAGAAAAACUUUCAGGGGCGGUGAAACUAAACGAGGAUUUAGAAAUGCUCAGUUUUGUUAAGAGUAAGCUCGAGGAAGAGGGAAGGGAGGUUGGUGGUAAGUUAAAUUCUACAGAAACUGAGAACUUGCAGCUUAAAGGUUUGCUAGAGAAAACAGACGCUGAACUUUCUAGUGUGAAGGAUCAAUUGGUUCAAAAGGAGAAAGAACUCUUAGAAGCUAUGUUGAUGAUCUCCAUCGUGCAAAGUGAAAAAUCUGAAUUAUCCAAGGCAGUGGAGGAUUUAGAAUGUAAAUACAAGGAAACUAAAGCAAUAGAAGAAGAUAAAGAGAAGCAGGUUUUGAAACUUCGAGGAGACUACGAUGAGCAGGUUAAGAAGACUGGUCAUGCAAACGAUGCUAAUCUGAAACUGGAAGCUGAACUCGAAGGAAUCAAAGUGGAGAAGGAAAAGCUGAACCAGGAGCUUUCCAAAGAGAAGAAUGAGGUUGAACUAUGGGAGUCUCGAGCUUCAACAUUGUUUGGAGAUUUGCAGAUUUCAGUUGUUCGUGAAACAUUGCUUGAAGGGUUGAUCCAUGAGCUAGCAGAAGACUACAAGAGCCUUGAAGAAAGAAGCACAUUAAAAGACGUGGAGAUUGGCCAGCUUAAAGGAAGUGUGAACAACUUAGAGGAUGCGAACAAAGGACAAAACGAUCUUAUGAGUAAAUACGGCCAAGUUAUUAUCUUGUUGAAGGAAAGCAUAGAAUCUCUUGAAAAACACAUUGCUAUGCCUCAUGAAUUCGAGAAUGGACCAGCCAAGGACACUGCUUCACUGGUGGAUAACAACGAGGGAGUCUUAGAGCUGCAAGAAAUGUGUUUGAGAAUCAAAGCUAUUGAAAAGGCGGUAGGCAAAAAGCUUGCAGUGCAAGAACUAAAUACAUCAAGCAAAAGUGGAAGUCUGCGGAAACAGAACAGUGAAAUCUAUGCAGAGGAAAGCGAAAUGAUCACGAAAGAUAUCGUACUCGACCAGGUUUCUGAUUGCUCAUCAUAUGAGAUUAGUAAGAGAGACAUUCUGAAGACAGAAGAUGAUCACAGUCUUGAGCCAAAACCACAAACACCUCAGAAAGGCAAAUCCAUGUCUGAAGAGCCACUGGUUGUGGACAAACUAGAGGUUUCAGAUAGAUUCACGGAUCCAAGCAAAGAAGUAAACAAGAGGAAAGUUCUCGAGAGACUUGAUUCGGAUUUACAGAAGCUCUCAAAUCUUCAUGUAGCCGUUGAAGAUUUGAAAAGCAAAGUGGAGAGAGAGGAAAGAAGCGAGAAAGGAAAAGAAGACGAGUACGAAACAGUUAAGGGACAGAUCAAUGAAGCAGAGGAAGCGUUAGAGAAACUUCUAAGCAUCAAUAAGAAACUGGUGACAAAAGUAGUAAACGGAUUUGAGAUAUCAGAUGGAAGCAAAUCAUCAAUGGAGCUUGAUGAGAAUGAGAAUAGCAGAAGGCGGCGAAUAUCAGAGCAAGCGAGAAGAGGAUCAGAGAAGAUUGGGAGGUUGCAGUUGGAGAUACAGAGGUUACAGUUUUUGUUACUGAAGCUGGAAGGAGAAAGAGAGGAUAGGGCGAAAGCUAAUGUGUCGGAUAGUAAAACGAGGACUCUUCUUAAGGAUUAUAUCUAUGGUGGAGUGAGAGGUGAGCGACGGAAGAGGAUGAAGAAGCGGUUUGCGUUUUGUGGGUGUGUGCAACAACCACCUCCAUCUCCUUGAUCGUUUUGAAACUAGUUAAAAGCAUAAUAAUAAUAAUAUUCAUGUGAAUGAAAGUGAGUUUAAGUUUAAUAUAUGAAUAUGCCAAACAUAUUUUUUAAUAUAUGUUACUGCGUUUGGAAGAUUUUAAACGAAAAACUUGUAUAUUGCAUAUGGCUGCAAGUUCAUUUUGUUGUUUUUUGGUAAGUCCUUUCUUGUAGAAUUAAACUAGACUUGGGUAAAAUAAAUGAUUUUGGCUUUACAAAUGAAGGUUCCUAUUUGAGGAUUUUGCAUCAGAAAGUCCAUUGUUACUGAUACUGAAUAUAUAAGUUGAUUAUUUGCAUUUCUAAAGUAACUUUGGCUUUUGUUUUCAAAAUUUUGUUUUUAUUCAACUUUUGAUUUUAACAAAAUGGACUUCUUUAUUCUUUUUUAUACUAUCCAUAAUGGUUUUAAAAUUCAAUAUCCUCCAUUUCAUCUUUUAACACUCCACUUUAUCUUCUCUUUCUUCCACCUCAUCAUUCAACACACAUUCAACUUUUAUCCACUACAAUUGUAUUGUUUAAUAAAUUUCAAGACCUUAAUUUUUUAAUUAAUAAUUUUUUUCUAUAUCCAAAUUAAAUAAACCUAAUAUUUAUUUAUAGGGAAUUUAAAAUAAUUUUUUUUGUAUAAAAAAUAAAAAUAAAAUAUUUAAUUUAUAAUAAGAUUAUUGAUUUUAAAUAAGGAAGAGGAUAUGAAAAUUUCAAAAAAUCUUAAAAAGUGACAUGUGUCAUCGAUGGCCUCCACUUUCAUCUUAUUCAACAUGUUGAAUCUUUUCAACACAGUUUAAUCCACAUCAUUAAAUUUCAUUUUUCAACAUUCUCAUUGUAGUGAUUCAACUGCUGAAUCUUUUAUUCAGCACCCCCAUUGUAAGUAGUCUAUGAGAAACUAGUUUUUUCUUGUUUAAAUGUUUUAUACCCAAGAGGUAAAAAAGUUGAUUGUUUCCAAAAUUUGGAAUUGUUUUUAAUUUUUGUUCUUCUAAAAACAUUGUUCAUCCAAUCAAAUUAAAAAUGGAUUUCUAAAAAUUAAACUAGUUUUUUUUUGUUAAAAUGACUGUCUAUUUCUAAACAAAAGUGAAAAUCUAUUUUUUAAGUUUUGUUGCUCAAAAAUAAUUUUACACUUAUUUAUUAUUUUUAUAGUAUUUAAUACCAGAUUAAAACAAAAACAUGGUUUUAAGACAAUACAUCCAUCCAAAAAGAAACAUUAAAUCGAGUACUAAUUAAAGAAACUCUGAAUUGAGGUGGUUAGAGAAAUAUGUGAUGCUUAAGGUAAUCAAUUAUCUUCAAACAAAAAAAAUCACCAACCCCACAAAAAUGAAAAUAGUUUCUAACUGGUGAUGAAAACCAAUGGCGGACCCAGCUCUAUUUUUAAGGGGUGUCAAAAAUUUGGGCUUUAUCCCAAUUUAAAACAUUUUUAAUAAAAAUCAGUAAAAAGUGGGCAUUAGAAGAGUUCGAACUGAGGAAUGGGGGGUCAGGAAAGAAACCUCUUAGCCAACUAAGCUACGUUCUGGUCAUGGGAAUUGAAUAAACUCACGAAUAUUUAUAUUUAACCUAUUGCAGGUGACACCCCUUUAUGCUACAUGGAUCCGCCUCCGAUGAAAACCAAGCAGAAGAUUAUGUAGUAAGAACUUCGAAGACUGGAGGACCGGCGAGGAGAAGACCACUGAAGAUAAAUUAGAAGUUGAGAAGCACCAAGAAUAGUCUGAGGCUGUUGCAGGAGGAGCAAUAUUUUGAUGCUCAACCAUUCUCACUUGCUAAUAAUAAUGAGCAUCUUUAUGUAUAAUCGUAUACUUAAUGCAUUUUACAUCUAUGAUAUUAAUGAAACCUACCUUAGGGUUGUCUAGUAAAUGCUAAUAAUAAUGACUCUCUAAACACAUACUUAUGUGAUAUGUAGAGCAUUUUACAUCUAUG